AUGGUCUUUAACACAACAAGCCAGACUAGUCUCAGCAACAACAUCAACAACUGCAACAACAUUAGCAACAGCAACAACAGAUACAGCAGCAGCAGCAGCAACAACAACAGCAUCACAAUCGACAACGACACAUUUGUGUGCGACGACUACUCGGGCGACGAGUGCAUGUUGUACUCCUUCGUCGCAUACACGCUCUUCAUAGGCACUUUCUGCAUCAUAGGCUUGGUGGGUAACUCCGUAUCGUACGUUGUAUUCCGGCGCACAAAUGUGACGUCAUCAACGCUCUUCCUGUUCCAGAGCCUCUCCGUGGUUGAUAAUGUCCUACUGCUGACCAUCAUCCCCAUGUACUGCUUCGAACCGUUCGUCAUCUUCACCGGCUACUUCCAGGAUUAUUUAUAUUGUGGCUACAAGUUCAUCGUCCACGCUGUCUUCUUUCCUUGGGCUUCAGUCAGUCAGACUGCAACAGUCUGGCUGACCGUUCUAGUUGGAAUAAACCGAUACAUUGCCGUUUGUAAACCUUACCAGACCGCCAAGUUGUGUACCGUACGGCAGGCAAAAAUUCAGCUGUCUGGAGUUUUGGCCUUCUCACUUCUAUAUAACAUCCCAAAAUUUUUUGAAGUUUUCAUCGUAAGGAAGAAAUACAUUUACAACAACAUGGCCGACGACGCAGAUGGGGCGCAGUGUUUCUGCGUGGUCGUCAGCAGCUACUACUUCAGCCAGGCCUACAGGCACGGGUACGAGAGCAUCAUGUACACCAUCUUCAUGCUCAUCCUCCCACUCUCCCUUCUUUCCAUUCUCAACAUCCUCCUCAUACUGCAACUCAAAAAGUUGAAGAAGAGGCGAGCAGAGAUGCAGAGUGCUCGUCAGCAGCAGGACAACAACGUCACCCUGGUCCUCAUUAUCGUCAUCCUCGUUUUCAUCUUCUGCCAGACCCCGGCCCUCAUCAAUAGGUUCAUGUGGAGCUUUUUUGCCGAUGACCAGAGGGAGUGCCCUGGCGUCCAGUACUACUUCAGUCGCUUUGGCAACAUGAUGGUCAGCGUCAACAGCGCUGUCAAUUUCUUCAUUUACAUUAUUUUCAACUCGCGUUUCCGUCAGGUUUUUAUUGAGAAAACUUUAUUUGGUAGGUGCUGUCGAAUUUGUUGCGUCAUUCCAUCAUCAUCGGCGAAUUCGGUGGCGUGUGCCAGCAUUGUUGAAGCCAAAACAGGCUUUGCUAACGUGGACGGAGGAACAAACAACCGAGUAGCCGCUGCUAACAACAUGAGGACAGAUCUGACGAUAAAUUCCAAUCGUCGUUCCACCAUUCCUCUGGCUGCUUGCAGCCAUUUGAAAGCAGCUGCAGCCACAACCAACUUGACCGCUGCUUCAAACAACAACAACAACAAGAAUGUGAAGGUUUUGAGCGACAACUUGAAAGAAAAAUUGGAUGAAGGUUCUAAAAGUCAAUCAGCUGAAUGCGACGCUAAUCGAAGCAAUGAGGAUUAUAAACACAACAACAACAGUAAUAAUAAUACUCAUGUGGAUAAAUGUAAUGAAAGGAAUUACAUCAAUAGUAACAACUUUAAUUAUAACAACAACAACAAUAAUGAUACAACCAUUUAUAACAAAUCAACCGACAGCAAAAACAACAACAACAGAAUCAGAGAAAAUGUUUUGGACGAGCAGAGCGAAACUGCUGGGGGUAAUGGGAGGCCGGCCAACAUGAACAACGGAGAAACAAAUCUGACUGAUGAUGCGGAACUACAUGUGGGAAAUAAUGCUCCUCCCUAUAUCACUACCACCAAAAACAACAACAUCAGCUGCACAAGCAGUUGCAACAACAGCAGCAACAACAUCAACAACAACAACAACAAAAUCAAAAUGAAUAAAAUCAACAAUAAUAAAAAUAGCUUGAAUAAAGACAACAUUAAAAGCAGAAAGAAGAACAAAAAAGUUGUCAGCGUUAAUAAAAACAACAUCAACAACCACAUCAACAACAACAUCAGCAGCAACAGCAACAACAACAAUGACAUCAUCAACAACAGCAAAUCGGAGCGUGUAAAGAGCUCUCAUAACGACGAAACCUCUGGAAAAUGUAUCGAAGACGACGAUAACGACGCCGAUAAUACGGAAUUCCUAUCAAAUAGAUUACUUAAAAAAUGUGAAAAUGUCAACAACAACAAAAACAACAACAACCAAAACAUUAACCAAAACAACAACACAAGCAACAACAACACAACGAACAACAUAAACAUGAGUAACAAUUGGAGCGCAAGAAGUUGCAGCAGCAGCACCAACAACAACAACAGUCCAUACAACAACACAAUCGUUAGAAACAACAACAAAAACGAUAUCAGCCAAACAACAACAGCAACAUCAACAAUCAUCAACAAAAACCACCAAAAUAAUCUCAAGACUAAAUUAGGAAACAAAAAAUUUGCAGCAACGUCAGCUAGAAAAAACGACACCACUGGGCUGCGUUCUGUGAAAUCUUUUGAAAUAUAG